UUCAGAACCACCACUUGACAGCUUUCCACUGCGACCUCAUGGCUAGCGUUGCCCCAGCCAAUUUCACGCCCGGCCAGCUCACGCCCGCUCGCCGCAUCUCCGCUGAAAGCGGACGGAACGCUGGCAGCUCAAACACAUCCAAGCGUCGGUUGAGCUCCGUCAAGGCGAUCAAAACGUGGCGGGUCACGGUGCUGCCAGGGCUGAUCAUGUUCCUUUGUACGCUGGGGCUUAUCUUUCUCUCCAUCUUUCUGCUAUUCCUUCUCAUCUCUCAAGGCAUGUUCAAGCGGCAAGUGGUUACUGUGAAUGCCCAACUAGCAGACACAUACUUUUGGGCUCCUUACGGCCAAUCGUGCAUCCUCACGUCGGAUGGCUUUACCCCCAACUCUUGCGACGCGGACACAGCCAGUGUCAUCCCUGACAAGCCGUUCGCGGUCGUCGGCACCGAAUUGGCCAAACAGUGGGCCGCCGAACUCACUCAAGCCGGAGGGACGUUGUACGUGACCACGUGUAUCCUUGGUGGUACAAGUAACGUCGGGUGGACGGAUCUGCAGUUCAUCGCUGGCUACGACUACUUUCCAGAGUGUCUGCCCACGGAGCCGCAAGACGUGGCCGGCAUGGCCAUGCUCGAGACCACUAUUCGCGACACCCACGUCGACGGUCUCUACUUUCUCACGCUGUACGCAGACCUGGACCCGUCCAUGACUGUGUAUUCGUAUGUGAAUUCAGACGGCACGACCCAAAAUUUGAUUGACAACAUCAAGCGGACGUUGAUUUCCGUGGACGGACAAGUGGAAACGGACAAGUUAGGUCGCGACUACAUCAUCACGUCCAGACCUCUCGGUGAUCGGUACCUCGUGACAGGGUUCUGCGACACCGUCGUGGAAGAACUGAGCGAGCUGAAGGACGGGUUGGGGCUCACUGGAUGGAGCCAAGGAAAGCACUCCAAGUUGCCCGUGGUGCCUGCCUGGAGUUGCGGCCACGUUGUAGAGAAUGCAGACGAAGUGAUCGUGCUCCAAGCCAUGUCGUCGUUUCUGUCGUUGUGGUUCUUUGCUGGCGACAUGUUUAUCACGAUCGAGGGAUUGGGAGGACUGCUAAGUGGGGCACCCGUGCUCAAGUACACGGUCCUCUCUGGUCUAGAGCGGCGCAAGUGGCUACUGGUAAGCAUUGUGGUCAACUCGAUGCCGGGGCUGCUAUACAUGGACGUGUCUCGCAUUUACUACUACUCGACCAACGGGUUCAAGGUUUAUGUGCUUUCGUCCAUCAUGGUCGCCAACUUCUUCACGUUUGGAUUUUUCAUCGCCCUGAGUCUUUUCGACACACUUGUGGGGCUUCUGCGGUCCUUCAGCUCAUGUGUGGGGUACUCUGCGCCCAUCUUCACAGCCGUGUGCAUCGUGUGGAUGACCCAAGUGUGGUGCCACGACGCCUUUUUCCUGGACGUGUACAACAAAUUCUACUCGGCUCCCGCCUUCCUAGGUUUUUACGUGAACAAUGCCACGUGGCCAAGCGGGUCGUACGUGGCUGAAGGGACGCCCCCCAUCGUAACCUACUUGGUCAAAACCAUCGUCACCACCGUCGGCGGCAGUUUCGGGAUCGCCAUCGCCAUCUCGUCCAUCUACCGCCGCAUCAUCCACAAGCAGUGGCUCGUGUCCACGGUGUGGUGUCGGUCCAACUCGGUGCUGUCGGCCCUCCACUUGCCCAACUGCAUCACAGCCCUCCCACUGGAGUCUUCCAACGGCAUCAAAAUGGGCAACAAAAUGUAUUGCAAACCGAGGUACACAAACCACACAUUCGUUUCCAAGGCUGAAGUUGUUGUACUGAAUGUCAAGUACCAUCGCGAUCAUGGGGUACACGACCGUCGUCGAGCGUCAAAAGUGGGGCAAGGACAAGCGGCAUGCCAACCAAUUGCCGAACCAACUCAUCAGCAUCUACGCGCUCGUGCCGGCGAUGGUCGUGCCGUCGUGGGUAUCUUCUUUAGGCACCGUGGACCACAACCAGUUCACACCCACCCCCGCCACGCGCCUCGCCCAAGCUAAGCCGGUCGUGCAUACCCGCGGUUCGUGUGUCGUCUGAUGCUUUUGUCGUCUUUUCAACACUCGUGGGUUAAUAUAUUUGACUGGCCUGGUGUGCCGAAGU